GGUCUAUCCAUCGACAGCUCCAACUCGGCACUCGGCACACAAACUGCCUUGAUCGAUCGAUACGGUGCAGAGCGAAUGGUUACCCUUGGUCGUGUGUGUGUGUGUUGCUUCAUGUAUGUUGUUGAUGGCAGCAACACAGAUCCAUUCAUUAGUUGCUACCAGUACUGAGAUCGGUACGGUGCCCCCAUCCCUUGGCCAAGAGGCACCAGCUACCGGUAGCUCGAGGACAGCUAGCUAGUUUGUUGUGCGUUUCUGUUUUCUGCUGGACGCCCUUUCAUUAUCAAUUGCCCAGACGAAGUCGAGAGGGCCAUCCAUCGAUCUACCCGUUGUUUGUUUGUUUGUCAUCCGAUUGAGUGCGAGAACAACAAAGUGCCAAAUUUUUCAGGAUAUCUCAACCAUACAAAAGUUGUGUGUGCUACCCAAGGCCACCCAAGGCGAAACCACCUGAUUCGAUUCCCACGAGACAGAUAUCUAGGUGGUCUCCAGAGGCGGUUUGUUUUCCCUAGCUACCUCCAUAGCUUCAUUAUCUCCGUAUACCCCCAAGUCUUUCUCAUUUUAUCUGAUCAAGUCAGACAGAAGGGAGGAAACCAAACCAAACCAAAUCAAAUCAAGGUGCCACAAGUUCCAAUUAUUUUUCUUCGGUCUUCUAUCCAUCCAUCAGUACCCAUAACAACCCCUGUAUACCCCCACUCCAUCUAUCUGAUAAUCAAUCAUGUCCUCCUCUGAAGACGAUUUUGAAGCCCGGCAACAGGCGGCGCGCGAACGAGUUCUUGCCUUUGAACGAGUGCAGGCGGAAAAGAAGAAACAAAAACAAGAUGCCGCCCUUCAAGCGCAUUAUGAAGCCAUUGAAAAGAAACGGCAAACCACCAUUGCCCAAGUGGAAGCGUUCCAUGACAGUCAAUCCAGCUUUGCCGGAGUGGAUCCCAAUGAUUUGGUCAUGUAUUCGCCAGAACAAGACGAACCAUCCGAAAAUUCUGCCAAGCAAGAAGAAGAAGAUCCCCUGCAAUCUACUACAAAUACCACAACUGCUGCUGCUUCCAGCAAUACUAAUACUAAAACGCCAGAAGCAAUAAAGGCGGAACAAUCAAAGGCAUUGGCAGCCAAAUUGGCCCAAGAAGAUGAAGAGCGGCGGGCCAAAAUUCAGCUCGUCCAAGAACAAUCCAAACUCUCGGCCGAAGAGCGUCUCAAAGCGCGGGAACGGUUGCGAGAACAGCAACGAUUGGAACAACAGCGCCUGGCGGAUGAACAAAUCAAUCAAACCAAGGCACACAUGCAAGAAUUGGCACGCAUUGCACAGGAACAACAAGAACGAUUAAUGGCAUUGCAACGCAAAGCGGCCCCGGCUGUGGAACAAGCAGGCGAAAGUGACGACAAUGCGUUGGAACCCCGCGGCAAGCGAAAGUCGACCCAUGUCAAGGUCAAACAACAACGAGCGUCGGAUGACGAUUGGGAUGCCGAUAAUGUUUCCGUCAAUAGUCGAUCUUCCAUUACCGAAACCAAAGAACGAACGCUUAAAAAAAUGGCACGUGCCCAGAAAACAAAGGACAUGGCAGCCAUUGAGGAGCACGAAGAAUCCAGUAGUCACAACCACAAUGAAGAUUUUUCCACUCCAAAAUUCCGAAAAUACAAGGGAAAACGACAUUCUACGUAUAUUGAUGCCAAUCGAGGAGGAAGCAGUGGAUCACUCCCCGAUAUGGAUUGGCAAGAUCCUGUGGCUGUUAUGGAACAGGAUUAUUCAAGUCGAUCGGAAAUGGCCAGUUUCAGUAGCAUAAACGAGGAGGAUAUUGCUGGUGGUGGCGAGGGUGUGUUCGUGUCCACUCCAAAAUUCCGAAAACACAAGGGAAAACGACACUCUACAUAUGUGGAUGCUUCCAGAGGAUCAAGCAGCAGCAAAGGAGGAUUAGUGGAACCGGAUAUGGAUUGGCAAGACCCCGUUGCCAUUACUACCCGUGGUAGUUUGAAAGAACAAGAUUUCUCCAAAUUGGGGGGAGCCAGUCUCAGCCACAUUCAGGAUGUGCAAGUCAGAGAUGUGGACUUGUCCACCCCAAAAUUCCGAAAAUACAAGGGAAAACGACAUUCUACAUAUGUGGACACUGGCAGAGCAAGUAGCAAAGGCUCAGCACCGGAUAUGAAUUGGCAAAAUCCCGAGGCAAUUUCCAGUGAGUUUAGCGAGUUGCAAGAAUAUGCCAAGAAAUUGCGGGCGCAGCAAGAGGCAGAAUGGAAUAACGACGAUGAUGACGAUGAUGACGACGAAGAGGUCAACAUGGAACAAGAUGAAAGCAAGCGCAGCGUCAAAAAAUCCUCUUCGAAACGAGGAGGGAGGAGAGCCCCGCCUCGCAGACAACGGUCGUCGUCGUUGGGUGCAAUGAAUCGUGCAGCGGGUGGACUGCAGCGGUCAAAGUCGAGUGAUGAAACUGAUCCAAGUCCCUCUCCAGACUUUAAUUGGAGCAGUUUUGGCAACAAACCCGACAAGAAACAGAAAGGUCUCAAACGAAAUUCCACUGCUAUUGGCAUGACGUCUCCCAAAAAGGAACGUGCUGGACGACGAAGUACGAUGGCUGUGGCAUCCACAGCGCCCACUUCGCGAGGACGACGAAACACCACAAUCGGCACGGCACCCACACGAGGAAUCACACGACAACGAUCGUCCUCCUUGUCAGACAUGAAACGAGGACGCGGCCGUAAAAAGAGCAAGGAACGCAGCGAUCGUGGACGGAGCAAAAGUGCGAGUGCUCGUAGCAGGAGUCGCAGUGAAUCCAGAAAUCGUCGCAAGUCGACCAAGUCCAAAAAUAAAGACACUUCGCCGUCGAAAGACAAGGCCACUCCCAAGCGAGGUUUAACACGACAACGAUCUUCGUCCUUGUCCGAGCUACGUCCAGGGCGUCGCGGUGGAGAUUCGACCCGGUCAAGGAGCCCAAGCGCCGAUAGUCGCAAAGGCAAAGACAAGAAGGACAAGGAUAAACGCAAGUCAGUACGUCGGCGUGACCGCAGUCGAAGCAUCAGUGUGGGUCGCAAAGGCAGUGGUGGCAGUAAAGACAAAGACAACAAUAGUAGCAAAUCUUCCCUGGAUGGUGUUCUUUCCUCUCCUAAGAAAAGCAAAAGCAAGGGAGACAAAAACGAUGCACCGAAGCGACGCGGUAUCACUCGACAAAGAUCAUCGUCCUUAUCGGAACUGCGAAAUCAUCGUCGGGACCGAAAAUCGAAGGAUGAUGUUGAGAACGAUGCUCCAGAAUACGACCCGACAAUCAGAAAUGAUGAGAAUGUGCCAAAAACAGCAAUCUUCGAUUGGAUCUCACACAGUAAGGAUGCCAUAGGCCGGUUGGAAUCGAAAAAGGCGGCUCUUGAAGAACGCCGUAAGAAAAAGAAGCUCCAGCGAAAAGCGUUGCGAGCUCUAGAGAAGCUCAAGAAAAAGGAAAGGAGCCAGAAUAGCAUGGACGAAUCAAUCAAUUUGGAUUCCUUGCUCUACCUUGGUGAAGACGGAGAUUAUGCUGGGAAUGAACCUAGUUUCGAUAUGAGUGCCACCGGUAGGCCCAAUAAGCUUCUGGGAGGUUCUGAAGAAGACGAAGAAGAACCACCAGACCCUGACUUCGACUUUAGUGCAACUGGUAAACCUCAGCUGCCAGGUGUUCCUCCAAACGACAACAAGGACCCAACAAACCCCGUUGAGGAUGACGAGGAGGAAUGGGAUGAGGCGUGGGACGACGAAGCGGAGUGGGAAGACGGAGCCGACUGGGACGAUGGUGACUGGGAUGAGGACGAACAUGAAGAGGACAGUUCCCCUGUUGUGGAUGGCCCCGAUGAUGCGAAACUGCAGGAAAUGGCAAACGCCGAGAACUUGACGACAGCAGCCGACGCAACGGAUCAAGAGCAAAAGGCGGACAAUCGAGCUCUCAGCGAGAAGGAGAAGUCAGACGCGCCAACGUUGCAGGCAGCGGAGGAGAAUCGUUCUUCAGAAGUGCCGAGCGAGAGCAGCGAUGGCGGAAUUGAUGGAAAAGAGGAAGCAUCAAGCCCAGCCACGCCCGAGAGUAAAGGGCCGGAAUCUGAAACCAAAACACCACCGACAGAUGUGUCUACAACAGAGACAAAUGUCGUGACAUCCAGUGAUGCAGAACCGACCAAAGCGGAAUGCAAAGAAUCAGACGCCACCAGCAAAACAGACUCAGGAACUGGAAAGGACGACGAGGGAAAAGACGCCGAUGAGCAUGUACAAACUGAAGAGGAGACCAGCAGCAAGGACAAAAGCGCGCCUUCUCCUGCCGAGAACCCGAAACCAAGUGAUCAGAAAGCCAACGGUGAAGGAAAUAAAGCAAGCGAUACGUCCAAGAAGGAGGUUUCUACUGUUGACAAGAAAGUCGAUCUUAACACCAAAGCGAACACUGGAACCAAGAAAGCAGCAAAACCUAAUGCCCAGCAGGCAAAAGCAAAGGUCCCGCCAAAGAAGCAAGCUCCAAAGGCAGCCGCCAAGCCAAACAACCAGGCGGCAAAGAAAACCGAUAACGCACAGACGGAGACCAAGCCAAACGACCAACAAGCAAGCGCAAAAAGCGAUCCGAAGAAAGGUGCUCAAACCACACCAAACAACCAGGCAAAAGCAAAGAUCCUUCCAAAGAAGGGCGCCCAGAAUGUCGCAAAGCCAAAUAACCAGCAGGCGAAAGCAAGUGCAAACAGCCCCCCACAGAAGGCAGUGACGAAGGCCACGCCAAAGAAAGCUGUUGACACAAAGACAAACAAACAACCGGCUAAGGCAAAUGCAGAUUCGUCGAAGGAGCCGCAGGCGUUGGCGAAGAACAAUCAGGUGCAGGGUUCACCCAAGGGUUCUCCCAAGGGUUCUCCCAAGGGUUCACCCAAGGCUGCAGCAAAGAAUGAAAGCCCAACUGCACCGAAAAAGGCAGCGCCACAAGCAAACCCGCCGCCUCCUAAGGCUGGAGUACAAAAAGGAAGCACUAAAGGAAAGCCGACGUCGGCAACUGCGGUUCCUCCAACGAAACUGGGAAGUCAAGUACCAGUAAAACCGGCUACUGCUGCUGCGGAGAACAAAAAGGGAGCUGCCCCUCACAGAAAGUCGGCCGAACACACGGGGACGGCCAAAGCCAACGCUGCUCCGGUUGCCCCUCGCAGAAACUCGGCCGAACACACGCCAACAGCAGAAGAUUCUGAUGUCAAGGAAAGCAAGAAGGACACGCCGUUGUCGCCAAAGAGAGCUUCCCAGAAACCGUUGCAGCAGGCUCAAGAGCAAGCCCAAGAGCAAGCACCAGCAGUGGACGAAAGUCAAAAUGCAGAUGGAGGCAAAAAGCGUGGAAGCAUAUUCGGCAAGGUCGUGAAGGGUACAAAGAAUCUGAUCAAGGGAAAGCGCUCGUCUGUCGUGCCCAACAAGAGCGAAGACAGUGAAGGAAAGGACGACGCAGAUCCGGCGAAGACACCUUCGGAAAAGACCGAACCAGCUGACAAGAAGAAAAUGCCCCCCCGCAAGCCAUCGAGGGGACAAACUUCUGCUGUCACAAAGGACGACGGUAAAGCAGGAAAGGACCUGGCAGCGGCGUCAGCGUCGAAGGCAUCGGCAGAAAUGCCCGGAGAGAACAAAAAGGUCGCAAAGACGAUGCCUCCACGCAAGCCAUCGAAGGGGCAGAUCCCCGGAAAGAAGCCUGAGAAGGGAGCAGAAGGUCCUCCGAAGAACCCUGUUCAGAGUCCGGAGACGGAGACAGCUGAUUCCAAAAAGGAAUCAACGACCAAGCAAAUACCACAGAAGGGAGCCGCGAAGCAACAGAAAGCCUCACCGCCAGGGGAAGCUCCCAGCAAAAAGGCACAAGCUGCCAAGAAGGCGCCGAUUCAGAAAGGUGCCAAGAAACCACCUGUCCAAAACAAAGGACAAGGUAGGCCCACAGCUGCCAAGACAGCCGCCAAGACACCAGCGGACGAGCCGAAGCGAGGUGUCACCCGUGAGGGACUUUCGGACAUGGUGCGAGGGAAGAUUCGCAAGGGCUUGGAGCCCAAAGCAAAGAAACCACCUACCAUGCCUGCCGUACCGCAAGCCGCCAGCCUUGAAGAUGAGGACGAAGAAGACUACUCGGAAAGUCCCCUACGAACGUUUGAUACUUAUGAGGAUGAGCUCACUUUGGAGCAGUUGCGGGCCAAGGUUGCCAAACUCGAGAAGCAACUCAAGAAUGCUGAAGCGGCAGAAACCCGUGACGUUGAAGAAGUGGUACAGUCAGGACGUGUCAUGUACGAAAAGAUAUCGAAGAAGGCCGAGAAUGUCUCCAACCUUCCUGAUGAUACGAGCCAACUCGACCAGGUUCUUCAGCGUAACAACGAGAUCGUGAAAUACUUGAAGGAAGAAAACCAGAAGCGUCGUGACGAAAACCAAAAGAUCAAGACCGAGUUCUUCGACCUACACCAAAAUACACUGCGGCUGGAGAAAGCAACGGGACAGACGCUGGGAUACCUGGAAAAGUUGGAAGACGUCUACUACCAGCGAGAGUUGGACAAGAGACGAACUCUGCUGGCAGGUUUGACAGCGUGUAAAGAAGCAGAGGACAAGUAUACCAACGAGUGGGAACGUCGAACUAGUCAUUGCGACGUUCAGAAACGAAUUCGGACUUCAUAUGAAGAUCACAUCAAAAGACUUGUGACGAAGGUUGAAGACAGAUAUCCCGAUGGAGCCUUUGUCGAGCGUAUCCAAGAUAUCGCCGCGGGAAAACGCGACGAGGAUUUUGCGAACAAGACCUUCAUUGAGAUUAUGGAAGAAAUAGCUGAAAGAAAACGAGUGACCGACGGGCAAAAGAACACGUCUGAUCAGGCAACAACGAGUGCUGCGGAACAAGGCAAAGACGGCGAGGAUGAUGCACUGGCGAACCUUGCCCCUGACGAACAGGAACGAGCCAACCUCCUCAUGGCGAAUAUGGCCAGCCCAAUUCAGAACUCACAAAGCGACAUGAAUGUUGAUGUAAAGGUAGAAUCGUAACGAAACUUAAUACAUUAGUUGUAACAUU